AUGCAGAGCAUAGGACAUGACUUCAGACGAGGACUCAGCAACCUCAACCCCCUUGGGAAAGACUACAAACACAUCAACAAAUGGCUUGUCGAGAUGAAAAACAUCGACUCUUCUCUAAAGACUCUCGACAAGGAAAGCGCAGCCGAGGCAAAACUCAUUGCUACUUGGGGCUCCCAUGAAGGGGAUGACCUGGCUGAUGUCUGUCUGCGCAUGUCGCAGCUUGUGGAGGAGGUUGGAUUGAUCCAGCAGGCAUAUGGAAUCCGACAUGCUGCCUAUCGCAAGACUAUCAAGUCUAUCAAAACUCAGGAGAUGACGCUGGACGAGAAUCGCAAAAAGAAGCACGACCUGACAACCCAGCUUGCCAAGCUUCAAAAGUCCAACAAGGAGAACCCUAUCAAAAUGAUGGAGUUGCAAAAUGGUCUCGAAAGAGUGACAGCCGAGCUUCUGAACCAGGAACUUGAGUUGAUGCAGUUCAAGCGGGUGACCCUCAAGGAAGCCUUUGACGCCAAGUUUGACGCCAUGCUGGAGUACUCGGAGAAGAUGGCCCUCAUCGCCGGAUACGGUCGCGCGAUCACCUUGGUGAUUGAUACCGAAACUCAGGUCUCUGACAGGAUGAGGAUCUAUACCGGAGCUGAAUACACUGCUGGCGCGGUAAGCCAGGUCAAGACUGCCGUGACGCAAUGGCAGCCACAGCCCCUGAGCAGCGCACCUGCGCGCUCCCACUCGGUUAUGUCACAGGAUGAGCUAGCCUUGUCGGCAGCAGCAAUUGCAUACAAUACCAAGACCCCACCAACAGUCCACUCCUAUGCCUCGAACCAAUCACCACCCCAAGGAUACCCCUCUGGGCACGACUCUUCUGACGCUGGCCAAGGCAACAACUUACAAGCACAAGCACAAGCACAAGCCUCGCCUGUCCAGGAUCCAGGCUACGCCUCACCUCCUCAGAGCGACACACACGCACAGCAAUUGAACCAGAUUCACGACCAGCAACGCCAGCUCGAGCUCGAGCAGCAGCGCCUCUAUCAACAAAACCUCGCCUCAUACUCUCCUGAACGGUCUCCUUCUCAACUACACUACCAGAAUGCAACAGGAGGCAACGGAGCGCCAGGACCAUCCGGAGGAUACACGCCAGCUAUGCCUCAACGAAGCGACACUCAAGAACUAUACUCCUCUCCAGGCAAUCCACCUACCUCGCAGGGCUAUGGCGGAUACUCCCAAUACGACAACUCGACAUAUGCAUCUGCAACCCCAACAAGGAACUACCGGCUUGGCUUUGUAGACCCUCGUGAGCGCAGCCAGAUGGACAAUGCCGAUAUGUACAAGACCGAAGUGUCCCCUAAUGCACGCCCUGCUAUCCCUCCGCUCCGCUUUUCACAAAGUCCCAUCAUGCACGAAAAGUAA